CAAUUUUCUAAUUUGUUCUUUUGUGAAAACCUGUCCACGAAUUCCGUCCACGAAUGCAGUCAUGCAGUCCACGGAUUUGAGACGAACGUGUCGGGUGCGUCGUCAUCUCUGAUUCAGUCGCACCAAAAAAAAAAAGAGCUAAUCCCGACUUCUAUCUUAUCUGGGUACCGUCCGUACGAGAGGCCAGGUCUUACAAGUGUUUGAUACAGUCGAAAUAGAUAACUUGAUCAUGUCUGUGUCACCUUCUCCCACUCGAACCAAGUCACUUGACGUCAACAAGUACGCGACCAAAAAGACCAUCGCCCAGGGUUUGUUGGACGUUGCCCUCCUUACAGCCAACGCAUCACAACUAAAAUAUGUGCUGCAAGUGGGUGAAAAACAUGAGUUUUACACCUUGAUGCUGACACUUAUCAGCAUUUCGAUCAUACUACAGAUCAUUAUAUGUUGCCUCUGCGUGAUGCUCGGAUCCUGGCUGAACAUCAACAAGGACUCGCACUGUCCCAGGGCGGACCAGUUCAACGAUGUGCUCCUGUGUCUGAACGUCGUCCUCGUUGCUAUCAACGUGCUGAUCAGCAGCUUCGACAUGAGAAACAGCUCGGACACCGGCAACGUUGUCACCAAUCUUAUUAGCAAUCUCGGGAACAUACCCGGCGUUGGGGGUGGCGGUGGCCGCGCCGCCGUCGGCGUUACCCCCGCUCCCAAUGCUACUUUGUUGUAAUGUUUGAUUAGCUGUGCAAUGUUAGUAUUACAAUGUCAAAUUUUAUUUGUGUUAUAAUCGUUGUAUGUUGUAGCAUAUGUAUGAGGACUGAAAUAUAUUCUGCAAACAAAUACGACAAAUUGUUGUUCGGUAUUUAAAUGCAUGAGAUUAAAACGUGAUUAUUUUUUAGUUUUCGCACUUUUUCACAAUCUCUAGAAAUUAUAGAUGUAGAGCUUUUCAAAAAGGCUUUUAACAAAAUUGUGAUUUUUAUUUAUUGUAAAAUUAUUAUUUUAUGUUUAAAAUGUAUUUCAAUAAAAAUAUAAUAUCAAAUAA